AAACAGAGCUGCAGUAGGCCUAUAUGUAAAUAGACCAUUGCCGUAUAUGGAUCUGUACCAUUUACUUUGACCUGGACUGCGAGAGCUGCAUGUAGCCACGUGCACAUUUUGUUCAUAUCCUUUGCUAGUUAGUGAGUUUUUAGCCCAGUUAUAGAUCAUUUGUGGUCAGCAAUAGGGGACUGAUUGCUUCCUUCUAGAGCACAAAAUGUGUACAUUUCCAGACAUCUUUGAAAAGCAAGUCAGGCUACGUCAUUGUGAUCCCCGAGAAUUCUCUCUGCUCCCCACAUCGUCACUCCGACCGGUCCUCGACUCUGAAACGGCUUCGACUAGAUAGUAUCACCAGGUCAAUCUAAUGGGACAAUCAAGGCGUUUGAUUCCAUUUGCCUCGUCGCACUGAGGUUGGAGAGAAGGACAUUAGCCUACCACCCCGAAGUGAAAAUCAAACCCCAACGAAAUGACAACCAAGGAGUCAGAGAAUGUGGGUCUCUCCAUACCACUGUGCAUCUACAAUGGGGCUUCCCAAACCAACGGCACCUGCAUGGACCAAAUGGACCGCUUCUUCCAGCCGUUCUCCUCUACCUUUGCGCUUAUGGUGCUGGUGGCCAUGAUCAUUGGGAUAAUAUUGGUUUCCCUGGCAGCAUUUCACUUUAACAAGAGGAGGAUGAAGAAGAGGAAGAUCCAGCGUGCCCAGGAGGAAUACGAGCGUGACAACCGCAGCCCGUCCACCAAGACGAAGAGAGAACCCACGAGACCAUCCAUUAUUGUACGACCGUCGCCUCCAGAUAGCGAACACCGGCCACACUCCGUUGUCCAAAAUACCAGUUGUCACAUUCAGGAGGACCCUGGUACCUUACCCAUUGCAAAGAAUGAAUCAGAAUUGGAUAUGGCACACAUUGAGAAAGGAAAUGGACAAGUCCUGGAAACGGUCAUCUUGUCUUGAUAACGCUGCAGUUGAAAAUGUUGGGACUUUGUAAAUAGACAACAUAUCCACGUUAUAUUUCAGGUGUAACUGACUGAAAGAAACUCUUAACAUCAAUUUGGGAUUAACUGGGAUAAGCAAUAUGGCACAAAAACAAACACUAUGACCUCAAGGAACGAUGGUUGCCAUUUCAUCAUAAAUCACACUGAGUGGAUUAAUAUCUGUGCCACGUUUAUAAAUCGUGUAUAAAAGUAGAAUAAUUCAGUAUAUUAUAAUACAUUUGUGGGAUCAUUUCAGCAAAGGACCAUUUGGUAAAGUAUUCUACAUUGAAGACAGGCUAUGCGUGAAGGAUAAUGAUGCCCACUAGAAAGGGCGCUGUCCAUGGUGCUGAAAUGUAUAUUCAUGUGCCGCUAGCACAUUUCCUUGUGUAGAUGUAAAUUGCUAGUCGUCCUUAAAGUAUUCUAAAGUAUUUAUUUCUACAACUACUAUUCUACUCCUGGACUUGCAAAUUGUAGAAUUAGAUUUCUAACUAAAGGACUAUUCCCCUAAAAGUUCAUUCAACCUUUUCAAAAGUAACUGUCCAGUGAAAAUCAUAAGUUCAUAUUCUGUUAUCUCAUACCCAAAUAAUGUUGUUGACUCAUCCUAUASACGUAUUUGUGACCAAAGCAUAACAAUAAACCUCAAACUUGUUUCUCAAACAGACCAUUUCGAAAAUGCUUGCUAUUUCCUCAUAGAGGAUGAUGUCAUCCUCCUGAGAAUGAGCUGGCCAAUCAACACUCUACCCGCAUUCAUAUUUUUCAGAGUGAUAUGCGCACAAUUCUGUUGGGGUACACCCACACCAUUCCAACAUAUAAAAACAUACUUAAUUACCCUUUUUUGGAAGGAAAAGUAUUUCACUCAUAUUGUAAUGAAUUAUAGGUCAUAUUUAAUAGAAAUCUGGAAACACUGGACAGUUACUUUAAAACCAGUACCACCUAACAAGAUUGACUUUAUACAUCAUUCAGUAGCUACUGUCAGGCUUGAAAUGAGUGACAUAGCACAUUUUAUGUAAUAUGCUCUGGUGACCAUGCAUUCCUCUUAGUGUUAAUCCAUUUUAUUUUGACAACGCUUUCAAAAGAAGAGCAAGUAGAUGUCGGAAGAUGCCUUGAGAGGAACUAGACUCCGAUUGGCAUGUGCUAUGUAUGGCACCCUUUUCCAAAGUUUUACAGGAGCUAUCAAAUAAAGCUUUUAAGUCAUGUUUGAAAAGGUUUCACAAACCUACUUCAGGCUUUUGGCUUUGUUAAAAGUGUGGCAAGAGGCUUAAGUUGUAAUUUGUUGCAAUUAGUUAGUGCAGACUGCAUWAAAAAAAAUAGACUCAAAUCAUUAUUUUCAGAGUUACAGUUUCAAUUAAAUUAUGUCUUUUUAUUGGUAGUUGAUCAUCUGCGUUUAGUUUGUAAUAAUGCACUCUUACAGAUGUCAUGAACUUUCAUGUGCCAGGUGGUAGCUGUGGGUCUUAAUAUAGCACUUUCACUAUUUAUAAUGUAUCCUCUGAAAUGUAAUAAAUCGGGAAUCAUAAACAAA